GUGCCCUCCCACUGAUAUUCAUGUAAUGCUCGACCAAGUGUCAUUCACUGACCACACACAGGGGCUGCAUUUAGGCCUGGGAGACUUUGAGGCGAGAUAUAAGCAGACGUUGAUGAAGGUUUGAAGGCAGGAAACCUAAAAACCCAAGCGGACACCAUGAGUAUCAACUAUGCGUCUGGGGCUCCCACGCAGAGGUCGACGUCGUUUUUCAUUGAGGACAUCUUAUUGCACAAACCCAAGCCAGUGAGGGAGGUCAUUCCUUCGCCGUUCUGCGGCUCACUGACGUCUCGGAUGCCGAUUCUGGAAUACGGAUACCCACUAAUACCAACGCCAAUACUGGCGCCGCACUCCCACCAUGCUCUGCACAAGCCAGAACAUCACCAAUACUUCUUCACUUCUGGGAUGCAGAUGCCGGCCUUGUUCCAGCACCACGCAGAGUUACCGGGGAAGCACUGCAGGCGCAGGAAGGCCAGGACCGUUUUCUCCGACUCGCAGCUGUCCGGCCUGGAGAAGAGGUUUGAAAUCCAGCGGUACCUGUCCACGCCGGAGAGAGUGGAGCUGGCCACGGCGCUCAGCCUGUCGGAGACGCAGGUAAAGACUUGGUUUCAGAACCGUCGGAUGAAGCACAAGAAGCAGCUGCGGAAAGCGCAGGACGAGCGUAAGACGCCCGGGGACUUAGAAAGAUCCGGGGAGAACUCCAGCGGGAGCGAGAUGAACGACAAGGGCGCAGAGGAGCUGAAACGCGGACUGGACGCUGAUUCCUACAUGCUCGAGGAAAACGACGACGGCGACGUGGACAUCGAGGACGACAUUUGCUCCCCGGAUCAUCUACUAUAGUAGGCUGCAUAGUUGUUUUGUAAACUGCAAAAGGCAUAUUGUAAAUGUACUGUAAAUAGCACUAACCUUCUUUUACCUUCUAUUAUAAAUAUGUGCGUCACAAAAGCCAACGGGGGAACAGAGCAACGCACACAUUCAGUGUGGCUAGGGAUUUCUUUUAUAACUCUCUCUUUUCCAAAGUCUGUCGAGAAAAGUAUUAUUAUUAUUAUUAUUAUUAUUAUUAUUAUUAUUAUUAUUAUUAUGCGCUACCUUAUUUUACCCGUAUGAUGUAUUCGAUUUAAUACGACUUUAAUGCGAUGUAGAAUGUAUUAUAAAUAGCUUUGCUUUGGAACAUGGUCGCACCUCAUCCAUGUGCACUUUUUCAUAAAUUUUCAUUUUGCUAUUUUUAAAUGUUUAUUUUAAAUGUGUCAAUUUAAGACAUUUUAUUUACUUUGUGUUGUUGGAGGCGUUACAAGCCUAUUUAGGGUCGAAGACACUGUGUUUUAAUGAUUUUAUUUAUACUGUAUACUGAAUCAGAUUUUUUUGUUGUUCUUGUUCAGUAGACUAUAGCUGGAAUUAUUGAAACUCAUGAUUAUUGCUAUUAUAAUUCUUGCGCUUACUGUUAUCUGUUGUCCGUGACAACAGGAUCACAUAAAUGACAAGUGGUCCACAUUUAUCACUUGCGAUAUUUUCACUGAACUUUAUGGAGACAUUUUUGCGCCGCGUGUGCCUGGUUCCUUUCUCAUUCUUAAUUGGCCGCAGAUAUAAGUGUUAAUGAUUGUCUGUUUUUAUUUGUAGUCCUGCGAUGGACUAGCGACAUGCACGCGUUUCCCCCCAAACGACAUCUGGGGUAGACUCUAACGACCCUUACGAGGAUAAACGGUUCAGGUGAUGAGCGCGUAAAGUGGCCUGGAUUCAUUACAGCCGAAAAAUAAUCUGUAACUAAAGCAAAAAAUUAAACGCUUUCAUACGAGUGA